AUACUGGCAGACGUAGAUUUGCACCCCAGGUAGCAAACGAGUUAAACUUCAUAUGUGUAGCAUUUUACCAGGCACCAUGACUAGUUCUAAUCACUGAAGUGGUCAUAAUGUAUGAAGUACCCUUUAGCUAGUAUGACUUUUUGUAAUAUAGCACUCACAUAUUUUUCCCAACUUGAAGGGGUGUUACACUAGGCAAUAUAAUAAGCACCUUUUUUUGUUUAUACCCACAUCUGAAAGUAUUUGACUAUUGUCUUUAUGGAUGUUAAGAUAUUUGUUUUGUAAUACUUUCAGUGGUAGUUUGGUUGGUCCUGUGUGUUUUGAACCUAUGGGUUCAUAUAUUUAGCCAUUGGAAAUAAAGUAUUUCUCCUUUCAGAACUACUAUAAUGAUAUUUAGAAAUGUAAUCACUUCAUGUGCCGACCUGCAAUGUUAACCUACAGUUUUAAGGAGAGAUGUCUAGAAAUAAGCGAAUGAGGGACCAGGACCUAAAUCCCUGCAUGAAGGAAAGUGAUGCGUCUUCGAAGUGCAUGGACGACAACAACUACCAGAAGGAAAUGUGUACCAUUUACUUCAUAAAGUACAAGAAUUGUAGAAAGUUUUGGAAUGAGGUUAUGACGAAAAGAAGAAGAGAAGGAGUGACACCCUAUAUGCCAACAGCAGAAGAGAGAGACAAUAUAUUGAGGUCCUUCGAAAGUGUGCCAUAUUGAAUAGGUGAAGAUAUAUGCUGUUGUUUUUAACUGUUAUUACUGGAGCAAAUUUUAAACAUUAAAUUUAAACAAAAUCGUUUAU